AUGUCAUCGUCUGGGAAAGACAACAGUGGUGCUCAACAUGCCAAUUACGUGGGACCGUAUCGCUUGGAAAAGACGCUCGGCAAAGGACAGACAGGCCUGGUCAAGCUGGGGAUCCACUGUGUCACAUGCCAGAAAGUUGCAAUUAAGAUUGUCAACCGAGAGAAACUCAGCGAGUCGGUACUAAUGAAGGUUGAGCGGGAAAUAGCGAUUCUGAAGCUCAUAGAACACCCUCACGUUCUAAAGCUGCACGACGUCUACGAAAAUAAGAAAUACUUGUAUCUGGUGUUAGAGCACGUCUCAGGGGGAGAGCUCUUUGACUACCUGGUAAAGAAGGGACGGUUAACACCCAAGGAGGCCAGGAAGUUCUUCAGACAGAUAAUCUCUGCGCUGGACUUCUGCCAUAUUCACUCCAUAUGCCACAGAGAUUUGAAGCCAGAGAACCUGUUGUUAGAUGAGAAGAACAACAUCAGGGUAGCAGACUUUGGCAUGGCCUCUCUACAGGUCGGCGACAGUCUGCUGGAGACCAGCUGUGGAUCUCCGCACUAUGCAUGCCCAGAGGUUAUAAGGGGGGAGAAGUAUGACGGCAGAAAAGCAGACAUGUGGAGCUGUGGGGUCAUCCUCUUUGCCCUAUUGGUGGGUGCCCUUCCAUUUGAUGAUGACAAUCUGAGGAACCUGCUGGAGAAGGUGAAGCUGGGAGUGUUCCACAUGCCCCACUUCAUACCCCCAGACUGUCAGAACCUCCUCCGGGGCAUGAUCGAGGUAGACGCCACCAAACGGCUAACGUUAGAACAGAUUCAGAGGCACAACUGGUACAUAGGGGGUAAGAAUGAACCCGAACCAGAGCAGCCUGUUCCCAGGAAGGUGGCUAUACGGAGACUGCCCUCUACAGACGACAUAGAUCCGGAUGUACUGGACAGCAUGCAUUCUCUGGGCUGCUUCAGAGACAAGAACAAACUGAUGAAGGACCUGCUCUCGGACGAAGAUAACCAGGAGAAGAUGAUCUACUUCCUGCUGUUGGACCGUAAGGAGAGGUACCCCAGCCACGAGGACCAGAACCUGCCCCCACGCAACGAGAUUGACCCCCCCAGGAAGCGUGUGGACUCCCCCAUGCUGAACCGCCAUGGCAAAAAGAGACCGGAGAGGAAGUCUAUGGAGGUGCUGAGUGUCACAGACGGAGGCUCCCCCGUACCCGCCAGGAGGGCCAUCGACAUGACACAGCACGGACAGAGGUCAAGGUCCAUAAGUGGAGCAUCUUCCGGUCUCUCCACUAGCCCUCUCAGCAGCCCACGGGUUACCCCUCACCCAUCCCCCCGGGGCAGCCCCCUCCCCACCCCCAAGGGCACCCCUGUGCACACACCCAAGGAGAGCCCGGCGGGCACGCCAAACCCCACGCCGCCCCCCAGCCCAUCUAUCGGCGGCAUGCCCUGGAGGACACGCCUCAACUCCAUCAAGAACAGCUUCCUGGGCUCGCCGCGCUUUCACCGCAGGAAACUGCAAGUUCCCACACAAGAGGAGAUGUCCAGCCUCACACCAGAGUCUUCCCCAGAACUUGCCAAGAAAUCCUGGUUUGGUAACUUCAUCAACCUGGAUAAAGAAGAGCAGAUCUUUAUCUUGAUCAAAGACAAGCCUCUGAGCUCCAUCAAGGCUGACAUCGUCCAUGCCUUUCUCUCGAUCCCUAGUCUCAGCCACAGUGUGAUCAGCCAGACGAGUUUCCGGGCAGAGUACAAGUCCACAGCCGGCCCCACGGUCUUCCAGAAGCCAGUCAAGUUCCAGGUGGACAUCACCUACACAGAGAGCACGGCCGCCCCCAAGGAGAACGGCAUCUACUCUGUCACCUUUACCCUGCUCUCAGGACCCAGCCGGCGCUUCAAGCGGGUGGUAGAGACAAUUCAGGGCCAGUUGCUAAGCACACAUGACCAGCCGGGAGUUCAGCAGCUUUCUGGUAGCCCCUUGAAUAACUUCUUUGACGUAAUUGAAAAACUUUUUUCAGAGGAGAAGAACGGCCAGGUGCCUCACCACCAAACCCCCGCUACCCCAACCACCCGACAUUGCUCCUCUUCCAUGCGAGAAGAUACAAAAUGUCCGCCCGCCACGGGCCGAGACAGAGUCAGGAUGGCGUCCAUUGGGACACCGGAGGAAUCCUAG